AAAUCAGGAUUAAAUAAAUUUAAAUAAGAUGAUAAGACCUGUUUUGGUUGUUUGCCAAGGUUAUAUAAGUCCAUCCAUGAGACACAAACAAAGAGGAAAGAUACAGAUGGUUAGAGGAGUGCAAGAGAAUUUGGUAUCAAUGGCUUUGAUCAAUUGGAUAGCUGCUGCUUUCUUACUCAUCUCUUCAACCUUCAUUGCUUUUCCAGGAACUAAAGCUAUUGGAGUGAACUAUGGAAUGCUUGGUAAUAACCUCCCAACACCAGCACAAGUUGUGGCACUAUAUAAAUCGAACAACAUCGACAAACUCCGGCUUUAUAAUCCCGAUUCCAGUGCACUGCAAGCACUGCAAGGUUCAGGAAUACAAGUAAUUCUUGGCACACUGAAUGAAGAUCUGCAAAUGCUUGCAAGCUCUCCUUCAUUUGCUACAAACUGGGUGGCAACUAAUGUAGCACCUUAUGCCGAGUCUGUUAACUUCAGUUACAUAACUGCAGGCAAUGAAGUGAUUCCAGGCACACAAGCAAACUAUGUUUAUCCAGCAAUCCAGAACUUGGACUCUGCUUUACAGGCUGCCAAUUUUAGUAUUCCUGUGACCACAUCAGUAUCUACUGAAGUGCUUGGAGUGUCAUAUCCUCCAUCUCAAGGCGCAUUUUCGCAGAAUGCUACAUCGAUCAUGUCACCGAUUGUAUCAUACCUUGCAAGCAAACAGUCUCCUCUUCUUGUUAAUGUUUAUCCAUACUUUGCGUAUUCUGGUGAUCCACAGAAUGUGAAACUAGACUAUGCAUUGUUCACAGCACAAGGUGUUGUUGUGCAGGAUGGUUCACUUGGGUAUAAGAACUUGUUUGAUGCUAUAGUUGAUUCUUUGUACUCAGCUCUGGAGAAGACUGGACAGCCAAAUCUUGACGUAGUUGUGUCGGAGACUGGGUGGCCGUCAGGAGGUGGUGCCAAUGGAGCAACGAUAGAGAAUGCAAAGAUAUAUAACAACAAUGUCAUUGCUCAUGUUAACGGAGAGACCGGUACACCGAAGAGGCCGGGGAAAUCGAUUGAGACAUACUUGUUUGCUAUGUUUAAUGAGAAUCAGAAGCCUGAAGGGACUGAGCAGAAUUUCGGGCUUUUUCAUCCUGACAUGACUCAAGUAUACCCUGUCGAUUUCAGUUCUUAGUUUAACAGACAUUGUAUUGUUUAAGUAUUAGAUAUUGCUUGAUCAUUUGAUGUUAUUUGUACCUUAUGUAUGAAUAAAAAUAUUAUAGAUUAGUUUAUUUUUAAAGACUCACAAGUA